AUGUCUGGUUCCCGGGACGGCUGGGCUUUGAUGCCCCUGCUCAACGACCUCCACGAUGCAUGGCAGCAGGUUCGCGUCCCUGUGCUGCUCGUCGUCGCUCUCGGCCUCGUCGGCCUUCGAAUCUAUCUCCAGGUCACCGGCGAAAAACCCGAACAGCUCAAGGCCCUGCCCAAGAAGCUCGCCGCCGACGAGACAGUCGCCGAGAAGGCGGCCCUCGCGCGCGAUGCGAAAGCCGAAAAGCCCCCCGUCGUCGUCGCUGAAGCCUCUGGCGCACCCAGAGCACCCAAGACGACCAGCGGCCCGAGGCGAGUCAAAGGCGGCGUCGUGCGCCGCAGGUCCUCAGACGACAACGUCGACCAGCCGCCGCGCCGCAUCCAGCCGCUCAUCUUCUUCUCGAGCAUCACGGCCACGACGCCCAAGAUUGCCAAGCAGUUCGCCGAGGACCUCGGGCGCGACAUGCACAAGGCGGCGCCCGAGACGCGCUGCACGUUCGAGGCGCCCGAGCUCCUCGACCUCGCCGAGGUCGACUUUGACGACUACUUCGUCACGCCGCCCCCGGCCAAGGGCGACGUCGAGCUGCUGUACCUGUUCCUGCUGCCGAGCUUCAACAUUGACACCAUCAACGACACCUUCCUCGAGCACCUCAAGGAGAUCCACCACGACUUUAGGAUCGACACGGCCCCGCUCGCCCCGCUGCUCGGCUACUCCGUCUUUGGCUUUGGCGACCGCGAGGGCUGGCCCAACGAGCAGGAGGGCUUCUGCUUCCAGGCGAAGGAGCUCGACAAGUGGAUGGCGAGGCUGACGGGCAGGAAGCGAGCUGCGCCCGUCGGCAUGGGCGACCCCAAGACGGACUACGCCGAGCGACUGGCGGAAUGGUCCGAGGGUAUCAUCGAGAUUCUGGGCCAGCUGGCGCGCACGGGCGGUCUUGGCGAGGGCAUGCCGGGCAGCGGUGCGCCUGUCGAGAGCGACGAGGAGGAUGCUGACGAGGAAGACGACGAUGAGACCCUGGUCGAGGACGGCGAAGCCAAGCCGGAGAAACUGAAGAAUAGCAAGAACCUCGAAGACGUCGAGGAUCUGGGCCGCAUCAUGAAGGACUCCAGACCCGACUCGGUGCCGGCUAAAGGAAAGGGGGCGCCCAUCGCUGUCGACUUUACGACCUACGGCAAGACGGCGGCCAAGAAGGCGGCGCCCGCUCCUCCGACGGUCAAGGAGAUGGUGCCCAGAAACUCGCCCACCUAUGCCUCGCUCACAAAGCAGGGCUACACCAUUGUCGGCUCACACUCGGGCGUCAAGAUCUGUCGGUGGACAAAAUCGGCCCUGCGCGGUCGCGGGUCCUGCUACAAGUUCUCGUUCUACGGCAUCGCCUCGCACCAGUGCAUGGAAACGACGCCGUCGCUGUCCUGCUCCAACAAGUGCGUCUUCUGCUGGCGCCACGGCACGAACCCGGUCGGCACGACGUGGCGCUGGGUCGUCGACCCGCCCGAGGACAUUUUCAACGGCGUCAAGGCGGGCCACUACCAAAAGAUCAAGGUGCUCCGCGGCAUGGCGGGCGUGCGCGCCGACCGGUACGCCGAGGCGCUGCGGAUCCGCCACUGCGCGCUGUCCCUCGUGGGCGAGCCCAUCUUCUACCCGCACAUCAACGAGUUCCUCGCCAUGCUGCACGCCGAGCGCAUCUCGUCGUUCCUCGUCUGCAACGCGCAGCACCCGGACCAGCUCGCGUCGCUGCGCGCCGUCACGCAGCUCUACGUGUCCAUCGACGCCGCCGACAAGGAGUCGCUGCGGCGCAUCGACCGGCCGCUGCACCGCGACUUUUGGGAGCGCUUCAUGCGCUGCCUCGACAUUCUGCGCGAGCGCCGCCUCAAGCAGCGCACCGUCUACCGCCUGACGCUGGUCAAGGGCUUCAACGUCGACGACGAGGUCGACGGCUACGCCGCCCUCGUCGAGCGCGGCCUGCCCUGCUUCAUCGAGGUCAAGGGCGUCACCUACUGCGGCACCUCGACCGCCUCCAACGCCGGCCUCAGCAUGAGCAACGUGCCGUGGUACUGGGAGGUCUGCGACUUUGUCAAGAAGCUCGAGGCGCGCCUCGCCGACAAGGGCCUCCGCUACGGCAUCGCCGCCGAGCACGCCCACAGCUGCUGCAUCCUGCUGGCGAGCGACCGCUUCCGCGUCGACGGCAAGUGGCACACCACCAUUGACUACCAGCGCUUCUUCGAGCUGCUCGAGGAGAGGGGGCCCGACGGCGACUGGCGCGCCGAGGACUACAUGGGGCCCGCGACGCCCGAGUGGGCCACCUGGGGCAACGGCGGGUUCGACCCCCGUGACGACCGCGUCGACAGGAAGGGCCGGAAGAUUGAAGCCAAGUGA